AUGACGGCGCCAGUCGCCCAACGACGGGUCCGUAUCUCCCGUGUAGCGGGCCGGUUCCUCGUUUUCGACAUUGAUGAUGUCGUUUACAUUCGUCGUCAUCAUGGUAUUUGCGCAGUUCUGACGGGCACUAUGCCCCAGAACCCAACGCAGAACCUUUUCUUGGGCUUGCCUGUGGAGUUGCAAGCCGAAGAGGCCCAGCUGCUUGUUGAUAAGGGAGUUGGCUAUGUUGCUGACGAGCUCUCUGAGCACCUUUCAUUACUGACAUCCGCGGACGACACAGCCCGCAAGGCUUAUCUCCAACACCUCAAGCAGCUGCGCCGAAAUGCGCAGCUAGCUUUCGAAGAGGAAAAGGCGAAUAUCCAAGCUAAACACCAGGCAAAACGUAAGGUCGCCGCCAAACCUGCCAAGGCGGCAGAAGGAGAGCCAUCUUCCUCCAGUACAAAGCCAGCCACAGAUAGCGAAUCCACCUCUCUCCCUGACACUACCUGUGUUGUCCCUAAAUCACCUCCGAAAGAGAGCCUACCCGCCAUUACCCCCACCACAAGCAGUGCCCUCAUUUCCGUCACCCCUUCGGCAGCUGCCACAGAACCCCCCGUACCCUCAUCUUCUCCUUCGUAUCUGUUGUACAGGUUUCUUAAUUCACGUGGUUACUAUUUUACACCCGGCCUGCGUUUCGGCGGUGACUGGAGCGUUUACCCUGGUGACCCAUUCCGAUACCACGCACAUUAUCUGGCCAACUACUAUGGAUGGAACGAGGAGAUACCCAUGCUGGACCUGGUGACAAGCGGCCGCUUGGGUACUGCUGUUAAGAAGGGCUUCUUGUUUGGCGCACAAAAGCCAUCGCCAGCAGGAGGAGAAGUUUCCGACACUCCGAAACAGGAUAGUGCCAAUCAGGGUGGAGAGGUGCGUGUGUUUUGUAUCGAGUGGGCGGGCAUGUGA